GCUUUCAUAGGUUAUGCUUCAGCUUAACUCCACUUCAAGCAUUAUGUUUUUACUGAGCGGGAAAAAAGGGAUGUGAUUUCUGAACCUGGAGACAGAUCACAAACCAUUGGAUAAGCCAUGCUCCAGCUGACCUCAGUGAGACAGCAUCUGCCUCAACAGGCUUAAGCUGUUACUUUCUAUUGCCAUGUUCAUUCUGCCAAGAAGGUGGAGUUUAUGUCAGAAAAAAAGAGUUGGGGAGAAGGCUUUUCAGACACUGAGAAACUGAGUCCAUUCACUGUCUGGAGUAUCACAUUUCACAAUAAUUACCUGUGGAUGCAGGCUGUUUCCACUUACAGUUUUGUUCAUGUGUAAGGUUACAUGAGUUCCCCUUCAUACUGUGCUGCUGUUUUCCAUGAGUACCAGGACCCUGACACCCCUCUUGAGUGAGGCAGCACUGGAACACAGAUUGUCACACUCCUAAUUCUUAUCAACCCAAGAAAUGUAAGAGGUGCCAAGCUUAGCAGUUCAGCUGGAUGAUCUUAGAGGUCUUUUUCAACCUUAAUGACUCCAUGCAAGUCACCUCAGUGUGGGUAUGCUCUCUUGGGACAGAUGGACAAAGGGCCCACCACAUUGUCAAACUGAGACCCACAAGAAAAUAGGGCAUUGCUUCAGCAGCAUUAAAUGGCACAAGCUCUUUUUUUUUUUUUUUUUUUUUUUUUUUUUUUUUUUUUUUUGGGAGGUCAAGACCUGUCAUCGUAAUUUUUCAAGAGAUUUUGGAAAAUCUAAAACAAAUACUGCUCCAGGUCUAGAACUGUAAACAGAAGCAGACUGCAGCUGAAAUAUUACUGGAUAAAGAAUAAAGCAUUAACAAGAUAGAAUUUAUUUAUAGAGUAAAACUACUGGCUUCAGUUUGGCCUGGUUUCCAGACAGAUACACUGUGGUCACUUGUAGUGAAAAAGCUUUACUAAUUACAUUCAGUUUCUAUAAAAAUAACUUAAAAUCCAAUCAUAACAAUGAAAGUGUCUCAGGUUUUGUUAUCUGACUGCUUAAGCACAGUUUUUUUUCUUUCUGCUCUGAGCAGUAGCAGUGUUGAAGCAGGGAUGUCCCAGUGGGGACACCUUGGAAGACACAGCCCUGUGGUCAGGGGGGAUUCAGCCAGACUAUCUGGCUGUGUUCUGCCACCCUCAUCUUGGCCUUUUUUUUUUUUUCUGUAUUGUUCACGACUAGACAGGAGAUACAUAUGAAACUGUAAGGCUUCUAUGAAUGGCAAUACAAAUUACAUAAAACCACUGCAGUGACAUUUAUUAGAAAACAGAAGAACAGUUACCACACCUUUUCCAGGCAUGUAGCUUUCUUGCAGCCGUGAUAUACCUCCGGAUUCUAGCAACUGCAUUUCAGGACAGUACCACAAACUCCAGAGCUUAGCAGUCAUGAGGCAAUUUUUCUUCUCACCUGCAGCUAGAUACCUUCCCCGUCUUAAAAUUCAGCUUCCUUACAGCUCACUGCAUCCUCCUGUAAAUACGCUAAGUACUCAAAAUAGUAUGCUACAAUGUACAGUCAAGUGCUUUAAAGAGGUCUUGAACUAAGAUGUUUAUGUGUUUCUUUGUCUUCAAAGUUUUGCAAUAUACUUUAGCUUUUAUUACUUCUUCUAAUAUUCAUGUUUAUCUACCAUGCAUCUCUCUCACAAAUACUCUUCAAUAUUUACAUUGGCUUCAGGGUUGAAGGCUGGACACUUUCACUGAGGUGGCGUCAACAAAAAUUUAGUUCCUGCUUUGGUGUUCUGCUGUAAACCAGUAUUUGUGGCUUCUUGAAAAUGCUUCUGACCUUUUAUCAUUCCAGGACUUCUCGCAACAGUCUGAAGGUUUUGACAGAAUCUCCUGCAGCUUUACUAUUUGGGGGUUUUAUUCAGUAUUUGGUAACAUUUAAAGUCUGUGUUUCUACAACUCUACUUACCGAACACCCACGGACACUCUGAAGUUAAAACAAGCUGGUGAGGAAUGCACAUCAUGUCAGAUCUUUGGUGAGUGUGCAAGGGCUUUAUACAGAUAAGAAAGAGGAUGCAGUAACAACAUGCAGCAUUUCUACAUGCUCAGUACUUCUGAGGCCUGUUUUACUGAGUACAUUAUGAAUACCAAGCUAGGCAUAAAUAAAACAUGACUUGUGCUGAAAUAAAACAUAUAACUUCCCAAAGAGAUAAAAGCUGUUCUGUGAUCAUCAGCUACUAAUUAAAAAUGCAUUGGGUCAGCAGUUAAUGUUUGAACACAGUUUUAUUUAUUGAUUGUGAACGUCUCCACACAGACACAGAACUGAUCCUGUUUCACCUCACCUCCCUAAACUAUCGUGUCCAUCAUAAUCUACUAUACUGUCUGAAGCAUUGCUUUUCUUCUUUUGGUGGGUAUGCAUUUUGUAAUCUUAGUAUGGCUAUGCCGAAGUUAGAAGCUGUCCAAGUGCUGUCUCCUUCUCUUUGUUUUUGUCUGAUAAUAUGGAUUGCCGAUUGGGUCAGGGUCUCGUUCAUAAAACAGUUUACAUGGGGACCACUGGGCUGCAGUUGCAAGAACAGUAACAGGAAGGGAAGGCUCCUAUUGCAGAAUUAUCUUUUGAAGUAUUUGGAGCAGACUCAAAGCAGCGUGGAGGGGAUGCGCUUCUUACUGGGGUUGAAUUAUUGCUGACAGGAGCAUUUUGUUCCCAGUCCUGUGGCUUAAACUUUUUGAUGUUACUGUGGAUCUUUUGGUGGAACUGGUCGUUCAAACAGAUGUCAUGGCUCUUCUUUAUUUCCACAUCGUUUUCUAACUAAAACAAACACAAGUAGGGGAAAAUAGUGAUUUUAUCAUGAACUCUACUCACUAAAGUCUGCGCAUACUGGCCUUGGGUAUUUCCAAUGCCGCAACUCUGGAGCCAGGCAUUUCACUUUCCUUUUCCGAUCACCUUUGCAGCACGGUGAGUGCUGUCAGUUCAGCGCUCUCUCCAGCCCCUUCCCCGAGCCCAGGGUGAGCGGGCGGCGAAUACGUGACCAAACCCGAGCCCAAGAACAUCUCCGCGGCCCGGCGGGGCCUGAGCGGGGCAGGAUGGGCCGGCCCGGACCGGGUUGGGCCGGGUCGGGCCGUGCCCUGCCGGGCUGACCCGUUCCGCCUCGGCCUCCGCCGCAGCCCCUCGCCGCAGCUCGCCCGGUGGGCCGGGUUAUGUAAGCGCUUCGUCCCCGAGCAGCGGCCGCCGCAUCUGCGGUGCUCCCGCCCCUGUCCCCGCCCCGCUGCCAGCGCCGGAGAGGCAGGAGGCGGCGGCGGCAGCGCAAUAGAGCAAGUUUUGUCUCCGGCGAGGGGCUGGCCGGGUCCCACCGCGCUCGCAGCGCCGGCAGCAUGGCCGCGGCGCCCCUGCGGCGGGCAGCAGCCCCCGCCGCGGCGGCAGCGCCCCGCUGAGCCCCCCGGGCCGCCGCAGCGGCAGCGGCCGCCUCCGCCGCCCAUCCGGGCCGCCAGCCCUCCCGCCGGAGAGCGGCGGUCCCCGGCCCGGCCCGGCGCGGCACCAUGUGGGGCGGGCUGCACCCCCAGCCCGGCUUGCGCGGCUACAAGGCGGGCUCAGAUUAUUCCUCAGUGGGAUGGUUACCUGGUACUGAAUCCCUGUGGCAGUCCUCAACGAUUUCAUCAAGCAGUCAAAACAAUCCUGUGAGAAGGCACAGCAUAGCUUCUGACAGUGGGGACACUGGCAUUGGUACCUCCUGUUCUGACAGUGUGGAAGAUCAUUCAACUUCAAGUGGUACAUCAUCAUUUAAGCCCAGCCGAUCCCUGGUUUCUAUUCCCACUGCCCAUGUGAUGCUGUCUGGUGCCAGCUCUUCACUUUCCAAACACAGGGAAGCUUUCAAGUCUGAUGGCUCAAAAUGGAGUACAAGCUUUGUACGGUCAGGAGGAGGCAGAAGUCCGGGAGCCCUGGACAAUUCUCUUGAUAUGAAAGAUGCAAGACCUGUAAGAAAAUGGUCCUCUUUGUCUAAACUCAGCUCACCAAAUAAUUUCAGCCAGGAUGGAAGUAGUCAUUCGGUGGAAUACAGGGCUGGUACAGACAAAGCUGUGCCACCUCAGUUAAGGACAAAUGGGCCAGGUUGUUUGCAUGACAGCAUGGAGUUGCUAAAAAUUGAGGACAAAGAAAUGGGGAAAAAACGAUCUUCUCUACUGGACUGCAAAUACAAGUUUGAAACGUGCAGCAAAGACGACUUUGUUUCAGAUUCCCCAAGUAGGAGACAUGCCUUAGACUUGACCUACAGUGCCUUACCUGAAAGCAAAGCUCCGGCAGGCGGCUGCGAAGCGUUUGGGCAGAGAUACGCGACGCUGGGGCAGCAGGCUGUGAGUGGCGCUCCCAUACAGCCCGCAGUGAGGACUCAGAUGUGGCUCAAGGAGCAGCUGCGGGCAAACCCCCUGGACUGCAGGGCUGCUGAGGAGCCCUACGGCGUGGCUGCAUGGCACAUGCAGCAGCUCGAGGACUUCAGAGGAGCAGCUGACCAGCCUGUGCAGGUUUCACCUGGAACAUCACGUUCAAGUUACCCAGCUACCAGCUAUCAGGACUCCAGCAACUGGGAAUCUCUAAUGAAAAUUAAAGAAGGGCUGCUAAGACAGAAGGAGUUUGUGAUUGAUAGGCAAAAUCAGCAAAUUAACAAUUUACAUCAGAAGAUAAGGGAGAAUGAAAUACGAGCUCAACAUGCAAGACUGAGCCAUCUUGUGAGUUGUGAAGAGCCAUACCUGACUAACUUACAGCAACCACAGUAUGAGAGCACACCACUGCAACCUCACAUUUCAGAAAGAUCAGCAUCCCACCUUGAGGAGCUUGAGCGAAAGAUUGCAGCAGCUGAGAACAAGGAAUUGCAACUCAGUGAAAUUGUGAAACAACUCUCAAACAAAUCUAGUGAGGAGAAAAAGAAGAUGGAGGAGAAACUUAAAACUAGAGACCGAUAUAUUAAUAGCCUGAAAAAGAAAUGCCAGAAAGAGUCUGAACAAAACAAAGAAAAACAAAGACGAAUUGAAACCUUAGAAAAAUACCUGGCUGACCUUCCAACACUGGAUGAUAUAGAAGGGCAGACUAAACAGCUGCAAAUUCUAGAAGAGAAGAACAAGCAACUUCAGGAAACCAUGGCUGAGUUGGAAAAGAAGCUCGGAGAGGCCCGGUCGCAGUGCAGAGAGAGAGAAUUACAGCUGGCGUCUCAGAAGAAGAAAGAAAAAGAGCUGGUCACAACAGUGCAGAGUUUACAACAGAAGGUAGAAAAAUGCCUGGAAGAUGGUAUCCGGCUUCCUAUGUUGGACACAAAACAGCUUCAGAGUGAGAAUGAAUGUCUCAAAGAGAAGAAUGAGAAAGCCAGUAAGGUCAUAGACAAUCAACAAAAUCAGAUAACUGGACUGAUUUUGGACAUGCAGUCUAUGCAAGAGAAGCUUUCACAAGAAAAGCUGAUAAUUCAGAAGAUGACAAAUGAGCUUGAGGAAAAAGAAAGACAUAUAGAGCAGCUGAAUAAAACUCUCUCUGAAAACCAAAGACUGAUGGAAGAGAAUGCCUGCCUGAAGGAGCAGAUGCGGCUGGUGGAGCAGUCCAGGCAGCCAGUAUCUGAGAAGAUGCCUGUAGCAGACCAGCUGUUCAAGGAGAUGUCCAACUGCUUGUUUGACUUGAAAGCACUGUGCAGUAUUCUUACCCAGAGAGCUCAGGGCAAGGAGCCUAACCUUUCCUUACUGCUGGGAAUCAGAUCACUGAGCUGUUCAUCUGAAGAGAGUGAAAAUUACCACAGCACAGAGACGCUUUCGAAGAAGCUCUUGGACGUUUGCCAGCUGCGGAAGGAUAUUGAUGAGUUAAGGACUAUCAUGUCGGACCGCUACGCUCAGGACAUGGGGGACAACUGCAUCACUCAGUGACAGCGCUCCAGCCUGUAGCACAGAACUGACUGGGCCCUGCUGUGUCCAGGUCUCUGCAUUUCCAUGGAGGAGCCAUACGGGAAGGCUGCAAAUAGCGCCGGACGUGCGUCUCCGAGGGCUGUGCGUAGUUGGUCUCGGGAGUCCAGUGCGCAGGGGACAGUCAUCGUGUGAACAGUGGUACAGACCGCAAGAAAUCUUUUCUCCAAACUACUGAAUGUAGGAACAAGCUGUGAAGAAUGAUUCAGUUGGACACUGUUUCCUUCAUUUGGGCUCAUUUAAUUACUUUGCCUAGUUUUUGGAGGCAGAGCUUCAGAACAGCCGUGCUGCUACGACUCUCAGUCCUUUCCUUCAUCAAGGGUUUGUGUGGCAUUAUCGGAGUUCAGAUCUUAGGGGAGAGGGUCAAAGAACCUAUGCAUGUGUAUGGCUGCACAUGGUAGAGCCAUAGGCUUCUGCCACUGCACUCUAAGAAUUGCAGUUAGAACAAUCUUGAAGCACUCAAAAAGUAAUUGCUCUCCAAGUUCUCAAAAAUUCAGAUAUAAGAAAGAUGUUUUUAGUAAUGGAAGUCUACCUUGUUUGUCCAUUAGCAGAAAAACCCCAGGUUUAACUCCUUUAUGGGAAAAAGUCUAUGAAAUAUAGCUGUAUCAGAUUGUUUGAAGCACUCUCACAUUGCUGUAAGAAGUUUCAGUAGUACAAAGUCUGUGACAAACCAGAGAAGCUGUAAGACAUCAGACUGCAUCAUACUCCAUAGCUAUAAGGAAAAAAAAACCCAAGACAACCAGCAACUGUAUUUUAGUGUUUGUUCUUAUUUUUCCCCUUAGGUCCUUUCCAUUUCAAAAUGUUGGUGUAUUUUGUUCCUGAAGGCCUCCUAUAAGGUUGUGCACCGCCUCAGCCAUUUUUACCACAGCUACCAAAAAGCGUGUUUGACCCCUGGCAAAAUUAAGGCUCAAAACAGAAAGUUUGCAGUUAGCAGUAUAAAGUACUUGGUUAUCUCAGGAGUGAAAAAUUUUCCACAUUGUUUGGGAAAUCUUGAUUUCUCCAUUUUUGUAGGAAGCAAUUACACAAAAUAGUAAGCUCAUGUUCCAUAGCUUAUUCAAUGAGUGUCACUUGGCAGUGCUGUUUAACUCCCAUGGACAGUUGACUUUUCUAGGAACAUCACUGCAAGUUAACUGCACAGUUAUACAUGGUGGAAAAUAAUAUUUAAGGGAAAAUAGUAUUUGAGGAAAACAAAAACUUGCAAAGAGCAAAACCACUUUCAAAUCACACUUAAAAAAAAUACGUACGUCACUUACUUGUAUGGUAUUGCAAGAAGGUUUCAGAUGCCUUAAGGUACAAGGCAGUCCACUGGUCUGGGGUAGGGAUAACGGCAGAAAUCUCUUGGAAAGCUUAGCAAUUAGAACCAAGUUAAUUCUAGCAUAAUAUUUUUACGGCAAAAGUGAAUACCUUCAGUUUUCUGAUUUGGUGAUGUUUUACUUUCUGUUCAUUGUUUAACAGUUACUGUUAAUGUUGUUUUUAUAAUUUAGCAGUUUAAAUGUUUUUUAGCUAUAUGGAUUUAUUUAUUUGACAGUUUUCUCUAUCCUGAAACUAGACUUGGACUAAUUUGUGAAAAGUAGUGUUCCUAUUUAUAUUACUGCUACAUGGUGUUAUCAGAUAGAUUAUUCUGACUGGCUCAGCUCCUGUGAGCACUAAAACAGUGUCUAGAUAAAAUCUCAAGUCAAGUUAUCUAGUGUCUACUUCAGGGAAAAAAAUGAGGCCAUUUUAUUUUAGAUUCCUGUGCUCUUUCUGUAGACACACUUCAGUCUCUCCAUCAGGGCAUAAUUUGCUCCUUCCUUCCUUGUCCUUCCUUCCUUCCUUGUCCUUCUCAGUGGUGUGAUGCAGGUGCAGUUGGAAGUAUAAUUUUGCUCUUCUCAUUGAUAUGAUGAGUUCUGCUAUGAGUGGAGGAAAGAUGUUCUGAACUAAUCUGCAUUCUUAUUGCAAACAGGUCAGUGGUUGUUGUCUGAAGGAAUGAUUUACUCUGGUAGCUCAUUAACAACAUCGAUACAGACCUGCUGCAUCAAAGGUGUACUUUUAUACUAGUGCAAAACUGAAAACAGGAUCUUUGUACCAAUGGGCUUGCACAGUCUCCUGUGCCUCUGACAGUGCUGGCUUUUGUGACUAAGGCUUCAGCUCAUUAGGCCUCUGGUGUGGUUGGUUGGGUUUGUCCCUGCAGUGAAAUAGCCUUUAGUUUAUGGCAUCUGUCUCCUGUCACAAUUCAACAAAAGCAUUUCAGAUAAUAAAUCGGAAGUAUUAGGGAGAGAGGAAACACAAAAGUUAUACCUUAUUGCUUCCUUAGAUGGCAAUGUUGUAUCUAUAAAAAAAUCACCCAAACCCACAUUUAUCUACAUUUGAUAGAAAUGGCAAGGAGUUUAAUAGAGCAACUAAAGGUGAGCAGGAGAUCUUUUGAGUCACUUUGAACUAUUAAGCUUGUCACUUGGCUGGUAUUUCUCCACUGUCCCUCCUGCUAAAAGGUGAUGCUGUACUGUAAAGUUGAGAUCAGUAGUUUAUAUUUGCCAAGCACUUCAGAGCUUUUAUACUCUUCAAGUAUUAAUUGAAUGGCCCUCUGGGAGGAGAUCCUAUUUUAUUCAUAAUACUUUUGAUUGCCGUGCUGUAAUCUUGUGUUCUAAUGUCUUUGUUACAGAAUCUGUCAUAUUUAUGUUGACUUGAAAGCACUUGAUUUUAAAACCCCCUGAGUUUAUCUGCCUCAGUCAAAUUAAAGUAGGGAGGUGAAUGAUGGAUGUGUGAGCCAAAGAUGCAGAUUACCAAUUGAUUAUUUACAGCGAUACAGUACUUGGCUUUGAUUUCGUAAAAUUUGGCCUGUUGUAGUGGUAGCAAUUACUAUAUAUGCAUCGGUUUACAGAUGCCUCUAAAUGGAAUAAGCUUUGUCUAAGAUAUGCAUGACUGUUUAAUUGGUUAAAAUGUAGUGUGUGUGGUCUCAUUCAGCAUAUUUAAUACAGAGGUGAUUAACGAAUGUUAACAUUGGAAUUGCUUCGAUUUAGUCAUGACAACUUUUUGCUGUAGCUAUUAGACAAUCCCAAGGGCUGAAAACAACUGCAGAUGAAUGGAUACUGUACCGUUCUGGCUGUCAGCAAAACUGUGCAGUAACAUUUUGUACAGUUUCAGAUAGAAUUUAUAGGAUCCUCUAGAAGAUACAGUAACUACUGUAUUUAAGAAUGUAUUUUGAAAAAGACAUGGAAAGUAACCGUCUUCUGACAAGCUAUAGAUUAUGUAUUCACUAUAUGGAAGUAUUUACUAUAUAAAAGUAAUGCAGCUCAGUCAUGUAAAUGUGAUUUAGGUUGCUGAACUCUGCUGUGCAGCUUUGUGGUGUGACAGGUGUGUGAAAUUGUGGAGAUUUGCUGUAACCACCCACUCGGGCUCCAGCAUUUCAAACUGAUGGUGGUCAUGAAGUCAUUCAAGAGCUGAAAUUCCAUCCUUUUCACUUCAAAAGGUUUCCUUCCUUCCUUUGCCCUUGCUGCCUGUCUUUUGGUUCAAACAUUUUUUUUUUUUCUUGGGAAGGGUAAGAGCACAAGGAGAGGAAGAAAGCAAACCCUUUCCUCCACGACCUGCUGCCAUAGCACAGGCAAUGAGAGCACGCUGUGGUCUCUCCAUCAGGGCAUCAUUUGCUCCAGUUUUCCUUGCCCUUCUGGGUGGUGUCAUGCAGGUGCAGUUGGAAGUGUAAUUGUGCUCUUCUCAUUGACAUGGUGAGUUCUACCAUGAGUGGAGAAAAGAUAUGUUGAAUUAAUCUGCAUUUUUAGACUGCAGACAGAUCAAUGGUUGUUAUCUAAAGGGAUGAUUUAUUCCAGUAGCUCAUUAGCAAUAUUAAUUCCACAGCUGCAUACCUUUGUGCCUUUUUAGCCUGAAGUAAAUGUAUAUUCCCCUGGAACUUCAGAUAAGUUGUUAGUGUGCUGAUGACUGCACCUUGUUUUCUUUUCACCUGCCAUUACUUUGUUAAUAAGCUUUUGUAGUAAGAACUCUUGCCUAAUGUCUAGAAACAGAAGUACUGAAACUAGAUACUAGGUGUACACUUCGAAUGUUAGGCUGGUUGUUGUAUGCAGGUUCUUUGAAUACGAUGUGUGAGCGGGAAACACAAAUAAUUGUGUUUUUUCUGUGUAUAUUAAUUACAGUAUAUCAUUAGUUCAGUGGGGAGGAGUGUCUGGAGCUCUCUUUGAAAAGCACAGCUGACAUAUGUACUGGAUCAGUCCCUGAAGACUGGUAGUUUUGUAAAUUGGGUUCAAUUUUUGAACUGCUCAGAAUACCUCAUAUGUAAAUAGAGUUGUCAUGACUUAAUCACAAUGUGUUCAUUGUAAAAAGUAAAGGAGCCACUGGCUGGCUCAGCUUUAGGCUUGUUGUUCUUGCCUCUUUUUGUAAUUUUUUUUAAAGUAGGGUUUACAGCUAGAAUUUUGAAUGCCAAAGUUCUAUUUAUUAAAUAAUAAUAAAAGUUUUCAUUGUUAAUGACUGGUAUUUUUCCACUGGAAUUUGUUUGUUGAUGUUUGGGAUUUGUAUCCACAGAGCAGAAAUAAAUUUUGUUACAAAAGUGAA